AUGUCGGCAGGGAACUCUAAUAGAAGUAAUGAGGAAGAGGAAGUCCAGUGGUUAGACACGAGGUUAUCUGAGAAGGCAGAUAAGAGUGAGAAAGGAACAGCUGCAGGGAUACUUAGCAUUACCGGCACCCACGAAGGUGGGGAGAAGCUAAUUGUGGCUCUAAACAAUUCACGAGCUGAGGCCAGACCCAUCAUUUCUACCGUUCCAGAUACAGGAAAGAUUUUUAAUGGAGAAUCUAUAACUCUGACCUGUAACGUGGAUGAUUCAUAUUACCACUACCAUUAUAACUGGCAAAUAAACACAUGGAAGAUAGGUAUUGAGAGGAGUUAUGUCAUUAAGUCUGCAGAAUUCAAAGACAGCGGGGAUUAUACAUGCAAGGGUUCCGGUACCAGUGAUAGAAGUGAUCCUUUCACACUGGAAGUUAGUAAUGACUGGGUCAUCCUACAGGCUCCUCGCUCUGUGUACGAAGGGGACUCCCCGACUCUGCGAUGCCACCAUUGGAAAGGAUAUUCUGCAGAAAAUACAAUAUUUUACAAGGCCUCAAAAGUUAUUAAAGAGUCAUACACUGAGUCUGAUUUAUAUCUUAAUAUAGUGGAUAAAUCUUCUGCAGGUACAUACAAGUGUUCAAAAGUAAUUAAGGGAAAAGGAAAACAUGAAGACUCCACUGAAAUCACAGUGAAGGAGCUCUUCUCUGAUCCAGAAUUAAAUAUGGAUCCAUAUCAGCUCACAGUAGGUGCUCCCCUGACCUUGACAUGUGCCACAAGGCUUGCUCCGUACAAAACGGGCACAGAACUGCAGUUUGCUUUCUACCGAAAUGGGCAGAAAGUGCAGGAAUUUGGUAAAUCCAAUCAAUACAGAGUUAAAUCUAGUAAGCUGUAUCACUCUGGAGAUUAUACAUGUGAAGUGAGGACUGCAACCGACAGCGUUAGGAAAACCAGCCAAAAACUAAAUAUCAACAUUAAAGGAACUAUGACCAGACCUGAGAUUCUAUAA